GGCCGUGUAUGUGAAGAUGGGUGUGCAAGGAUGCUGGUCCCUCUGCUAUUUGUGAGAACAAAGCCAACACGCCAAGGUCACUGGCAUCAGGGCUUUAUCUUGAGGAGGCCUGUCCCCUGUGGUGGCAGCUCACAGCUAUUGUGGUGGGAAAGCGGGGGCUGACGGACGUCACAGCUUGGGCUUUAUCUCCCCUCGGCCCAGGGUGUCCACAGCACGGGGGUCACUCACCAGCAAGACAGUCCCAAGCCACAGAAGGUCCUGGAGAGCAUGGCCUAGGUCUGGUGGCACCACUGCGGAGGCUGAGUUUCCCGAAGGACCUUGGGGUCACCCGCAGUCCCCAUUUGCAGGGGAAGGAGCACAUAGCAGCCACCUGUGUGGCCAGUGAUCGCGAGCUCAACUCCCCUGCUUCUCCUCAGAUGAUCCCUGCCAGGCUCACGAGGUUGCUGCUUGCUCUGGCCCUCACCUUGCCAGGGGCCCUUUGUGGAGAAGGCACUCUUGGCAGGUCAUCGAUGGCCCGAUGCAGCCUCUUCGGAGGUGACUUCAUCAACACCUUUGAUGAGAGCAUGUACAGCUUUGAGGGAAGCUGUAGUUAUCUCCUGGCGGGGGACUGCCAGACACACUCCUUCUCUCUCAUAGGGGACUUCCAAGAUGGCAAGAGAGUGAGCCUCUCUGUGUAUCUUGGGGAAUUUUUCAAUAUCCAUGUGUUUGUCAAUGGUACUGCGCUGCAGGGGGACCAGAGGGUCUCCAUGCCCUAUACCUCCAAAGGGCUGUACCUAGAAACUGAGGCUGGGUACUACAAGCUGUCCAGCGAGGCCUACGGCUUUGUGGCCAGGAUUGAUGGCAGCGGCAACUUUCAAGUCCUGCUGUCAGACAGACACUUCAACAAGACCUGUGGGCUGUGCGGCAACUUUAACAUCUUUGCCGAAGAUGACUUCCGGACUCAAGAAGGGAUCUUGGCCUCGGACCCCUAUGACUUUGCCAACUCCUGGGCCCUGAGCAGUGGGGAACAGCGGUGCCAGCGGGCAUCCCCUCCCAGCAGCAUGUGCAGUGUCUCCUCCGAGCUGCAGAAGGGCCUGUGGGAGCAGUGCCAGCUUCUGAAGAGUGCCUCGGUGUUCGCCCGCUGCCACCCCCUGGUGGACCCCGAGCCUUUCGUGGCCCUGUGUGAGAGGAUGCUGUGCACGUGUGACCAGGGGCUGCUGUGCCCCUGCCCUGUGCUCCUGGAGUACGCCCGGGCCUGCGCCCAGCAGGGGAUGCUGCUGUAUGGCUGGACGGACCACAGCUCCUGCCGACCGGACUGCCCCGCGGGCAUGGAGUACAAGGCAUGCGUGUCCCCCUGCCCCAGAGACUGCCGGAGCCUGCACGUCAGUGAAGUGUGUCAGCAGCAGUGCGUGGAUGGCUGCAGCUGCCCUGAGGGACAGCUCCUUGACGGAGGCCGCUGUGUGGAAAGUGCCGAGUGUUCCUGCGUACAUUCUGGGAAGCGGUACCCUCCGGGCGCCUCUCUCUCAAGAGACUGCAACACCUGCAUUUGCCGAAACAGCCAGUGGGUCUGCAGCAACGAGGAGUGUCCAGGGGAAUGUCUCAUCACAGGACAAUCCCACUUCAAGAGCUUUGACAACAGGCACUUCACCUUCAGUGGGGUCUGCCAGUACCUGCUGGCCCGGGACUGCCAGGACCACUCCUUCUCCAUCAUCAUAGAGACUGUCCAGUGUGCCGACGACCCCGACGCGGUCUGCACCCGCUCGGUCACCGUCCGCCUGCCCAGCCAGCACAGCAACGUCGUGAAGCUGAAGCACGGGGGAGGCGUUGCCAUGGAUGGUCAGGACAUCCAGAUCCCCCUCCUGCAAGGUGACCUCCGCAUCCAGCACACCGUGAUGGCCUCCGUGCACCUCAGCUACGGGGAGGACCUGCAGAUAGACUGGGACGGCCGCGGGAGGCUGCUGGUGAAGCUGUCCCCGGUCUACUCGGGGAGGACGUGCGGCCUGUGCGGGAAUUACAACGGCAACCAGGGGGACGACUUCCUGACGCCCGCGGGCCUGGCGGAGCCCCUGGUGGAGCACUUCGGAAACUCCUGGAAGCUGCGUGCGGACUGCGAGGACCUGCAGAAGCAGCCCAGCGACCCCUGCAGCCUCAACCCGCGCCUGACCAGAUUCGCGGACGAGUCCUGCGCCAUCCUGACGUCGCCCAAGUUCAAGGCCUGCCACGGCGCCGUGGGCCCGCUGCCCUACCUGCAGAACUGCCGCUACGACGUGUGCUCCUGCACCAACGGCAGAGACUGCCUGUGCGACGCGGUGGCCAACUACGCGGCGGCCUGUGCCCGGAGAGGCGUGCGCAUCGGCUGGCGGGAGCCCAGCUUCUGCGCGCUGAGCUGCCCACGAGGCCAGGUGUACCUGCAGUGUGGGAGCCCCUGCAACCUCACCUGCCGCUCCCUCUCUUACCCGGACGAGGAAUGCACUGAGGUCUGCCUGGAGGGCUGCUUCUGCCCGCUAGGGCUCUACCUGGAUGAGACCGGGGCCUGUGUGCCCAAGGCCCAGUGCCCCUGUUACUACGACGGCGAGAUCUUCCAGCCCGAAGACGUCUUCUCGGACCAUCACACCAUGUGCUACUGUGAGGAUGGCUUCAUGCACUGCUCCACGAGUGGAGCCCCGGGGAGCCUGCUGCCCGACUCGGUCCUCAGCAGCCCCCUGUCCCACCGCAGCAAAAGAAGCCUGUCCUGUCAGCCCCCCAUGGUCAAGCUGGUGUGUCCUGCUGACAACCCGAGGGCUGAAGGGCUGGAGUGCGCCAAAACCUGCCAGAACUACGACCUGGAGUGCGUGAGCAUGGGCUGCGUGUCCGGCUGCCUCUGCCCCCCGGGCAUGGUCCGGCAGGACAACAGGUGUGUGGCCCUGGAAAGGUGUCCCUGCUUCCACCAGGGCAGAGAGUACACCCCCGGAGAGACGGUGAAGGUGGACUGCAAUACUUGUGUCUGUCGGGACCGGAAGUGGAACUGCACGGACCACGUGUGCGAUGCCACCUGCUCCGCCCUGGGCCUGGCUCACUACCUCACCUUUGACGGGCUCAAGUACCUGUUUCCCGGGGAGUGCCAGUACGUCCUGGCACAGGAUUACUGUGGCAGUAACCCUGGGACCUUCCGGAUCCUGGUGGGGAACGAGGGGUGCGGCUAUCCCUCCCUGAAAUGCAGGAGGCGCGUCACCAUCCUUGUGGAAGGAGGCGAGAUUGAGCUGUUUGAUGGGGAGGUGAGCGUGAAGAGGUCCAUGAAGGAUGAGACUUACUUUGAGGUGGUGGAGUCCGGCCUGUACAUCACUGUGCUGCUGGGCAAGGCCCUCUCCGUGGUCUGGGACCGCCACCUGGGUAUCUCUGUGUUCCUGAAGCAGACUUACCAGGAGCAGGUGUGUGGCCUGUGUGGGAACUUUGACGGCAUUCAGAACAACGACCUCACCAGCAGUAGCCUCCAAGUGGAGGAAGACCCCGUGGACUUUGGGAAUUCCUGGAAAGUGAGCCCGCGGUGCGCCGACACCCAGAAAGUGACACUGGACCCAUCCCCUGCCACCUGCCACAACAACGUCCUGAAGCAGACGAUGGUGGAUUCCUCCUGCAGCGUCCUCACCAGCGACAUCUUCCGGGAGUGCAACAGGCUGGUGGACCCCGAGCCAUACCUGGAUGUUUGCAUCUACGACACCUGUUCCUGCGAGUCCGUCGGGGACUGUGCCUGCUUCUGCGACACCAUCGCUGCCUACGCCCACGUGUGUGCCCGGCACGGCGAGGUGGUGGCCUGGAGGACGGCCACGUUGUGUCCCCAGAGCUGCGAGGAACGGAACCUGCGGGACAGCGGGUACCAGUGUGAGUGGCGCUACAACAGCUGUGCUCCUGCCUGUCCCGUCACGUGCCAGCACCCUGAGCCGCUGGCCUGCCCCGUGCAGUGUGUGGAGGGCUGUCACGCACACUGCCCUCCGGGGAAAAUCUUAGAUGAGCUUUUGCAGACCUGCGUCAACCCUGAAGACUGCCCUGUGUGCGAGGCGGCCGGCCGGCGCUUAGCGCCCGGGAAGAAAAUCACCUUGAACCCUGGGGACCCUGAGCGCUGCCAGAUUUGUCACUGUGAUGGUGUCAGCCUCACCUGUGAAGCCUGCAGGGAACCGGGAGGCCUGGUGGUGCCCCCCACAGAAGGCCCGGUUGACCUCACCACCCCGUACGUGGACGACACGCCGGAGCCGCCCCUGCACGACUUCUUCUGCAGCAAACUCCUGGACCUGGUCUUCCUGCUGGACGGCUCCUCCAAGCUGUCUGAGGCCGACUUCGAGAUGCUGAAGGCAUUCGUGGUGGGCGUGAUGGAGCGUCUGCACAUCUCCCAGAAGCGCAUCCGCGUGGCCGUGGUGGAGUACCAUGAUGGCUCCCACGCCUACAUCGCACUGCAGGACCGGAAGCGGCCGUCGGAGCUGCGGCGCAUCGCCGGGCAGGUGAAGUACGCGGGCAGCGAGGUGGCCUCCACCAGCGAGGUCUUGAAGUACACGCUCUUCCAGAUUUUCAGCAAGGUGGACCGGCCUGAGGCCUCCCGCGUGGCCCUGCUGCUCACGGCCAGCCAGGAGCCCCCCAGGCUGGCCCGGAACUUGGUCCGCUACGUCCAGGGCCUGAAGAAGAAGAAGGUCGUCAUGGUCCCCGUGGGCAUCGGGCCCCACGCCAGCCUGAGGCAGAUCCGCCUCAUCGAGAAGCAGGCCCCCGAGAACAAGGCCUUUGUGCUCAGCGGCGUGGACGAGCUGGAACAGCGGAGGGAUGAGAUCAUCAACUACCUCUGUGACCUCGCCCCUGAAGCGCCUGCCCCCACGCAGCGGCCGCUCACGGCCCAGGUCCCCGUGACGCUGGCACCCAGGAGGAGCUCCGUGGUCCUGGAUGUGGCGUUCCUCCUGGAAGGGUCGGACAGCGUGGGCGAGGCCAGCUUCAACAGGAGCACAGAGUUCUUGGAGGAGGUGAUCCGGCAGAUGGACGUGGGCCGGGACGGUGUCCACGUCACGGUGCUGCAGUACUCGUACGUGGUGACCGUGGAACACUCCUUCAGAGAGGCGCAGUCCAAGGAGGACGUCAUGCGGCGGCUGCGGGAGAUCCGCUACCGGGGUGGCAACCGGACCAACACCGGGCUGGCCCUGCAGUACCUGUCGGAGCACAGCUUCUCGGCCAGCCAGGGGGACCGGGGGCAGGCACCCAACCUGGUCUACAUGGUCACGGGAAGCCCGGCCUCAGAUGAGAUCAGGCGGAUGCCCGGAGACAUCCAGGUGGUGCCCAUCGGAGUGGGGCCUCGCGUGGACGUGCCGGAGCUGGAGAAGAUCAGCUGGCCCCAGGCCCCCAUCUUCAUCAAGGACUUCGAGACGCUCCCCCGAGAGGCUCCUGACCUGGUGCUGCAGAGGUGCUGCUCCAGAGAGGGGCCGCAUCUCCCCACCCCCGCCCCCGUCUCAGACUGCAGCCAGCCCCUGGAUGUGGUCCUCCUCCUGGACGGCUCCUCCAGCUUUCCAGCUUCUUACUUUGACGAAAUGAAGAGUUUUGCCAAGGCUUUCAUCUCAAGAGCCAAUAUAGGCCCUCAGCUCACCCAGGUGUCGGUGCUCCAGUACGGAAAUAUCACCACCAUCGACGUGCCGUGGACCAUGCCCCUGGAGAAAACCCACGUACUGAGCCUCGUGGACCACAUGCAGCAGGAGGGAAGCCCCAGCCAAAUCGGGAACGCGUUGGGCUUUGCGGUGCGCUAUGUCACAUCCCAAGUCCACGGUGCCAGGCCUGAAGCCUCGAAGGUGGUGGUCAUCCUGGUCAUGGGCACUUCCACGGACUCACUGGAUGCGGCUGCCGCUGCCGCCGCCGCCAGAGCCAACCGAGUGGCGGUGUUCCCCAUUGGGAUUGGAGACGGGUAUGACUUGGCCCAGCUGGGGAUCUUGGCGGGCCCAGGGGCCAGCUCCAACGUGGUGCAGCUCCAGCGGAUCGAAGACCUCCCCACCAUGGUCGCCCUGGGCAAUUCCUUCUUCCACAAGCUGUGCUCUGGGUUCAUCAGUGUUUGCGUGGAUGAGGACGGGAAUGAGAGGAGGCCCGGGGACAUCUGGACCUUGCCGGAUCGGUGCCACACGGUGACCUGCCUGCCAGAUGGCCAGACCUUGCUGAAUAGUCACCGGGUCAACUGUGACCAGCAGCUGCGGCCUUCCUGCCCCAACAGCCAGUCCCCGAUCAGGGUGGAAGAGGCCUGUGGCUGCCGCUGGACCUGCCCCUGUGUCUGCACUGGCAGCUCUACUCGGCACAUCGUGACCUUUGAUGGGCAGAAUUUCAAGCUGACUGGCAACUGCUCGUAUGUCUUAUUUCACAACAAGGAGCAAGACCUGGAGGUACUGCUCCAUAAUGACGCCUGCAGCGCCAGGGCAAGGCAGGCCUGCAUGAAGUCCAUCGAGGUGAAACAUAACGGUGUCUCGGUUGAGCUCCGCAGCAACAUGGAGGUGGUGGUGAAUGGGAGGCUGGUCUCUGCCCCUUACGUGGGUGGGGACAUGGAGGUCAGUGUCUACGGUGCCAUUAUGUAUGAGGUCAGACUCAACCAUCUGGGCCACAUCCUCACCUUCACCCCACAAAACAACGAGUUCCAGCUGCAGCUGAGCCCCAAGACCUUUGCCUCAAAGAUGUACGGUCUCUGUGGCAUCUGUGAUGAGAAUGGGGCCAAUGACUUCAUGCUGAGGGAUGGCACAGUCACCUCAGACUGGAAGACGCUGGUCCAGGAGUGGACGGUGCAGAAGCCGGGGCAGACAUGCCUGCUGGGUCCCGAGGAGCCAUGUCCUGUCUCCAGGGGCUCCCACUGCCAGGUCCUCCUCUCGGCGCUGUUUGCCGAGUGCCACGCGGUCCUUGCCCCGGCCACAUUUCACGCCAUCUGCCAGCAGGACAGUUGCCACCAGGAGCAAGUGUGUGAGGCCAUUGCCUCUUAUGCCCACCUCUGUCGGACCAAGGGGGUGUGUGUCGACUGGAGGACCCCUGAUUUCUGCGCUGUGCUGUGCCCGCCAUCCCUGGUCUACAACCACUGUGAGCGCGGCUGCCCCCGCCAAUGUGAGGGCAACUCGAGCUUCUGUGGGGACCAUCCCUCAGAAGGCUGCUUCUGCCCCCUGCACCAAGUGCUGCUGGAAGGCAGCUGUGUCCCCGAGGAGGCCUGCACCCAGUGCGUCGGUGACGAUGGGAUCCGGCACCAGCUUCUGGAAACGUGGGUCCCAGACCACCAGCCCUGCCGGAUCUGCACGUGCCUCAGCGGGCGGAAGAUCAACUGCACGACACAGCCCUGCCCCACAGCCAGAGCGCCUGCGUGCGGCCCGUGCGAGGUGGCCCGUCUCCGGCAGAGCACGCAGCAGUGCUGCCCCGAGUACGAGUGUGUGUGUGACCUGGUGAGCUGUGACCUGCCCCCGGUGCCUCACUGCGAAGGUGGCCUCCAGCCUACACUGACCAACCCCGGCGAGUGCAGACCCAACUUCACCUGCUCCUGCAGGAAGGAGGAAUGCCCAAGGGGGUCCCCGCCCUCCUGUGCCCCGCACCGGACGCCGGUCCUUCAGAAGACCCAGUGCUGUGAUGAGUAUAAGUGUGUUUGCAACUGUACCAGCUCGGCGGUGACCUGCCCACUGGGGUACCUGGCCUCCACCGUCACCAAUGACUGCGGCUGCACCACCACCACCUGCCUCCCUGAUAAGGUGUGUGUCCACCAAGGCACCAUCUACCCCGUGGGCCAGUUCUGGGAGGAGGGCUGUGACGUGUGCACCUGCACGGACCUGGAGGAUGCCGUGAUGGGCCUGCGUGUGGCCCAGUGCUCUCAGAAGCCCUGUGGAGACAGCUGCCGGCCGGGCUUCACUUACGUCCUCCACGAAGGCGAGUGCUGUGGAACGUGCCUGCCAUCUGCCUGCGAGGUGGUGACCGGCUCCCCUCGGGGAGACUCCCAGUCCUACUGGAAGAGUGUUGGCUCUCACUGGGCCUCUCCCGAGGACCCCUGCCUCAUCUACGAGUGUGUCCGAGUCAAGGAGGAGGUCUUCGUGCAACAGAGGAAUGUCUCCUGCCCCCAACUGGACGUCCCCACCUGCCCCUCGGGCUUCCAGCUGAGCUGUCAGACCUCGGGCUGUUGCCCCACCUGUCACUGCGAGCCCCUGCAGGCCUGUGUGCUCAACGGCACCAUCAUCGGGCCCGGGAGGAGUCUGAUGGUUGACCUGUGUACCACCUGCCUCUGCACCGUCCAGGUGGGGGUCAUCUCCGGAUUCAAGCUGGAGUGCAGGCAGACCACCUGCGAGGACUGCCCGCUGGGUUACAAGGAAGAGAAGAUGCAGGGCCAGUGCUGCGGGAGAUGCCUGCCUAUGGCUUGCACCAUUCAGCUACGAGGGGGACAGAUCAUGAUGCUAAAGCGCGACGAGACUCUCCAGGAUGGCUGUGACAGUCACUUCUGCAGGGUCAACAAGAGAGGCGAGUUCAUCUGGGAGAGGAGGGUCACGGGCUGCCCGCCCUUCGAUGGACACAAGUGUCUGGCUGAGGGGGGGAAAAUCAUGAAAAUUCCAGGCACAUGCUGUGACACGUGUGAGGAGCCCGAGUGCAAGGACAUCACUGCCAAGCUGCAGUAUGUCAAAGUGGGAGACUGUCUGUCUGAAGAGCAAGUGGACAUUCACUACUGCCAGGGAAGAUGCACCAGCAAAGCCCUGUACUCCAUCGACACAGAGGACGUGCAGGACCAGUGCGCCUGCUGCACGCCCACACGCACAGAGCCCAUGCAGGUGCCCCUGCGCUGCGCCAACGGCUCCGUCAUCCACCACGUGGUCCUCAACGCCAUGCAGUGCAAGUGCUCCCCCAGGAAAUGCCGCCAGUGAGGCGCGGUCCUGCCGCGGACACCCGUCACCACCCGCUUGGCAACCCCUACUUGGCGCAUGCGUGCUCCGCUCCCGGGCUUCCCCGGGCCCACAAUAAAGGUCAAUCUGUCAUCUUGCCAAA